AUGAUUUCCACUGUGGUGAGUGUUUUUGACAUGUUUCCAACUAAAUUAGCUUCUGUCCGUCAGUUUUCUCAUUCUGCAAAAGAUGAUGAAAUAUGAAAUGGUUCAAAAUUCAAAAUGACCAAAAACCAGACGAGGCUUUUUGAAGCCGGAGCUUUGCAGACUAUUUGGACUGGAUUGACGUAUCUUGGGUCCAAGUCUCCGACCGAUCGGACUAUUUUAUGUGGAUUAGAGGCCGAAAAGAUUGGGUUUUUACGAGAAUAAGGCCAAAAAAUUCGAAAAGCCUGCAGCCCAGCCGUGAAAAUGACAAAGAAUACGUGCUGUUUGGAAGCAUAAUUACCAUGAAUUCGGGGCGGAUCUUCCGAGAUCAAACACGGAAAAUGCUUAUUUUUUGCAGCGCUCCUCCCUGGCGUACCAGCUGCUUCUCAAUCUUCAGAAGACACUUUCCCUCGUCUAUUUCCUCGUCAUUUUCAUCCUUUUCUUCUACAAAGGCAGGUAUUUCGUCCCGGGCUCCUUGGUUAAAAGCAUUUCAGGCUCAAUUUUACCUUAUCAGCGGUAUGUUCGAGUUAUGGAAUUCUUCAUUAUUGUGCCUUUCAUUCCUAUUGAAUACUUGAGGAUUAAUUGGGGUAAGCAGUAGAAAUAAUUUCAAAGAGAGACGGACAAUCAAAGUUUUCAGCAAGUCGAGGGAAUCUGCUGGAAAGUUCUGCGUUUCUUGUCCUCACGAGUUUUCUUUCCAUUCCGAUCAUACUCAUUUUGGUUUACGUGGCGUUCUUCCAGAACUAUGGUAAGACAUUCCAAACAGCUCACAAAAGUUCAAUCUUCUCAAUUUUCAGUUCUAUUCAUCGAGGAGAUAAUCACAUUCGUCCUUGGUUUCUUCGUUAUACUGGAAACGGUUCUCGCCGUUGUACUUUCCAUCACUUUUUCCUCGUCAGGGUGAGAAAGAUGCCGUUCAGAUCUCUUUUAAAGUGAUUUUUUUUUUGAUUUUCAGAGCACCAGCUGGCAGCCAACACACAUCAUAG